GUGUACGUCUGUACGGUAUCUAUAAAUGUUGCUGCAAUCAGUCGCUGCCUUUUAAUACCGAGUGAUGUAUUGAUUUUUCCGCAGACAGCCUGUGCAAGCGUGGUAUGGGUUCAAACGCUGCACUUCCGGUCGCAAACUAACGUAAGCAGCAGCGUUUUGGAGAGCUCAUAAACACGAAGAUAACUGUAUACCACUUAUACUGAUCUACAGUUUUACAUGCUGAUUUAAUUAUUUAAGCGUCCUAACCAAUCUCAUCAACAACACCUUCUGAUCCGCUUAUCGUUAUAAAAUGCCGACAAAAGCCCAGUAAAAUACAUUCGCGUGAAACCCCUACUGCAUCCUGCGCAACUUUAUUUUAAUCCUCCGCUUGAUCGUGCAAAAUACUUCUAGUGUGCUUGGGCGGAUUUCGAACUAGCGCUACGAAAAAGAGAAUCCGGAUUUGCAGAAUAUUAAUUAUGCCGCAACAAGAAAUUCGCAUUGAAAUGGGACCAGGCGGCAGCCAAACGUACACCGUUACCAGCGGCACCGGGAAUGCGGAUUUCCAAAACUUUGCCAACCAGUUCUUCACCUCCGCCAACCAGUUCUUCGCCUCAUCCGGUUCCGGAACUAACCAGACGUUCAACUUUCCCCAGUUCAGCACCUCCAGCAACGUUCCUCCUUUUCCUGGUGCAUCCAGCAGCCGCGCUGACGAACCUCCAUCCUAUAAAGAUGUCGUGGAUGACGAGAAGGACCAGGUGCGGGAUCCGCUGCUAAACAAUAAACGGGCACCCAGUCCCGGACCCACGCCCACCCGCACUCAGCCAACCGGUCCCGUGGAUGUGACCCAUCUCCUGGUCGACCCGGAAUCGUCUUUGGAGGAUGAGGAGUGCACCGCGGAUGAUUUCGCCAUGACGUGUGUACGGAUCGGGGUGAUUGUAGCGAUAUUGGGCGGGAUAGCACUUGUUCAGUGGGAGGAGUCCUACCAGGCUAGUGUGCGGGCCAUGCACAAUCCGGAUUGGCGGGCCAAAAAGCAGUUUCAUCUGCGGUCGGGGUUCGGGUGGACGCUAAUCGCCCUGGCGUUGGCGUUUUACUUUGCCGACGCCUGGGUCAAUGAUGUCGCUGAAAUGUUCAAGAAGUUGUCGGACGUCAAUUUGGAACAGCAUUUGGAAAAUGUUAAGCGAGGCAAACCAAAGUUAACGUGGUACAUGAAAUGUUUCCACCGUGACACCAGCACCACGGUGGUAACGAACGCCGAUGGAACCAUGCGCACCGAAGACCGCAACGACCAAAUCACCACGUGGACGGGACUAGAAUCCUUCCGGUUCUCUCAGUGGGCGGACGUCACUCCUGAUCAAACAAAAAACUUUGGUUCCAUUAACAAAAUCACCUUUCACAGCAAGUACGUUCUAGCCAAUGCGGCAACGCGACAAGCGUACGAAGCACAGAAGAAAGCGUUUAUCGACGCCAACAAGCCUCGUGGUGCGGAGUACAGUAUCGAGGAAAUUUUUGAAAUCGAGGGAUUUGAGAAGGAAAUGCUGGUGGAAUCGGGAGGUUCCUGUAGAGCAAGUGCAGUUGUCUACUUUUUCUUUGUUCUCACCGGUCUGAUGUAUCUUUGGCGGUAUGUCGUUAACAGCGGUGUACGUCGCGUAGCCUAUACUCACGUCAAACAAUUAUCGAUUUAAAUUGUUGUGUAUUUUAGAUAUUGUCCGAGAUGUUUUAAUGCAUGUCUGGUCUUUUUAGAGCUUUUUUAAAUGGUGUAUUUUCUUGCCAGUUUGGAAGCAUGGUGGCAGUCGCAAUGCUUCGUUUAGUUAUGUGGAUUUUGGAGAUACAUAGAUAUAUUUCUUAAAUCUCUAAAGCCAUUAUUGGCAUUGUAUGUGCGCUUUGUGU